AUGAGAGCAAGCACUCCAACGGGCGUAAAUCGCAGUUUGCCGCCAGUGUCACUAAUUUCGCUUUUGUGUCGCCGGUUUCGCUUUUGUGUCGCCGUCUCCAGGGCGGGUAACAGAAGUUCAGUGGUUACCCGCCCGGGUCCCCUGUUGCUCUUCUCCGUUCUAGCUGUUUUCCUUCCUGCCCCUCCACGCUGCGUCUUCGACGCCUCCUUUCGUCCUUUUGUCCUCUCAAUGCCCCUCUGUUUCUGCUGCUCCGCUUCCACGCACCCCGCACCGUUCGGUUUGCUUCUGACUCCCGCCGGCGCAACUUUCCCAUUCGACCGCAAAAAACCGGGACCCUCCGCAAAAAAACUGCGCUCGUCCGGGCUGCUUGGGUUUGCUCCCAUCCUGGCUCUUCUCUAUCUGCUGACCGGUGCUGGAGAUCCCCUUGCACGACAGAAUGAGGCAUCCCUGGACCGCAGGCCAGGCAGGGGGUUCGCGGCUAUUCAUAGUAAACAGGUCAUCUAA